CGCACACCGUCUUCCACGCAAAAUCGGUCAGUUCUCUACCUAGUCUUGUGACAUUGCCAAUGGCGUUUUCUUCACCAUCAUUAUGUUCUGUGGCCAUCUUGACUUUGUCUUGCAUCUUGCUCCUCCUCAUGGGGAGGUCCGAUGCUCAACUCUCCACCAAUUUUUACUCGAAAACGUGUCCCAACGUCUACGCCACCAUCAAAUCCCAAGUGCAAUCGGCCAUCAACAAGGAGGCCCGGAUGGGCGCCUCUCUCCUCCGCCUGUUCUUCCACGAUUGCUUUGUUAAUGGCUGCGACGGAUCAAUUCUUCUCGAUGACACAUCGACAUUCACCGGAGAAAAGACCGCGGCUCCAAACCAAAACUCCGUCAGAGGAUUCGAUGUCGUAGACAACAUCAAGUCUGCUGUGGAGAACGUGUGCCCUGGCGUUGUUUCCUGCGCCGACUUGUUGGCCAUCACUGCUCGAGACUCUGUCGUCAUCCUUGGAGGGCCAAGCUGGAAUGUGAAACUCGGGAGGAGAGAUGCAAGAACCGCAAGCCGAGCAGCUGCUAACAAUGGCAUUCCUCCUCCAACCUCAAACCUCAACAACCUCAUCUCUUUCUUCCAAAAUGUUGGCCUCUCGACUAGAGACAUGGUGGCUUUAUCUGGUUCACAUACAAUAGGACAAGCAAGGUGCACAAACUUCAGAGCCAGGAUCUACAAUGAGACCAACCUGGACCCUUCCUUUGCCCAGACAAGAAAGGCCAACUGCCCGAGGACAGCUGGCUCAGGGGACAACAAUCUGGCCCCUCUCGACUUGCAGACGCCCACCGCGUUCGACAACAAUUACCACAAGAACCUCCUCCAGAACAGGGGCUUGCUUCACUCUGACCAGCAGCUCUUCAAUGGCGGUUCCACCGACUCACUCGUGAGGACUUAUGCCAGCAGCCCUAGCACCUUCAGCUCUGACUUCACCGCGGCCAUGAUCAAGAUGGGGGACAUCAAGCCCCUCACCGGAUCAAAUGGUGAAAUCAGGAAGAAUUGUAGGAAGAUCAACUAAGGCUAUAAUUAUCUUCAUUUUCUGGGAAUAAAAUUUGCUUGUCGCUUAUGAUUCUAGUAUAGUAUUAGGGAAUGCAUUUGGAGAUUUUUGGUUUGGGGGUCUCAUGGACUUUGCAGUGACCAUGCAUUUUAGAGAACCGAGUAAGUUGGUUUUCCAUGUUGUAAGAGCUUGAAUGAGGCUACAUGUACUAAAUAAUACUCACAUGUUUCCUCUUAUACAA